AUGCAGUCCAGCAGGCCUAGCGCCGCCUACUUCCUGCGACCAAAUAAGGCCGGAGAAGGCGUCUUCAAACCUCGGGCGGCUGUCCGGGCUGGGGAUUUCCAGCAGACCUCACCUCCACUCCCGAGACUUCCUCCCUGUUCCACGCUGCUGCUGCUGCUGCUGCUGCUGCUGCUGCUGCUGCUGCCGGCUGCUGGGCCUGGCCCAGGAAGCAGCAGGAGGAGGACGUGUCACUGUGAAUCCUGGUGGCAGGCAGAGUUCCACCUGCUGCUAGGGAAGCUGGAACCUCAGGGCCUCAUUCUUCAGUACCGCCCAGCAGUGGAUGUGGAGGCAGGAACCUGGGUUCUAGAACUUGCAAGUGCCACUGCAACCCUGCGGCAGGUGACGCCCGCCCUGCCAAUCUCACAGGGAGUUAGCACAUCUGAGGCCCUCAAGAACCUGUUUGCCUUCUUUCCACACUUGCAGGCCUGGCUCCCUUCCUGCAGCGCAGAAGCUCAGGAGGGGGCUUGGGGGCAAUUCUGGUUUUGCUUUUUUGGAAAGGAGCAGGGUUGUUUUCCCAAAAGUCCGAGUUGCUCUGCUCUUCGUCACUGGAGGGCCGAGCAAAAGAAAAGUGGGGGGAAAGUUUCUUUAACUUCCUUCCUGCAACCUCACCGAAGGCUGCGAAGAGGAAGAACACGUCCCCCUGGGAAGCACCGGGCAGGGCUGGGGGACGGCUGCGCCCAGCCUCUGGGGGUGCGGGACGCUGGGCGGACGACUAGCCCCGCACGCAGGCCGCGGGCAGCCCCUCCCCGCACCCCUCCUUUAGCACACGGGCCGCCCGGUUGCAGCCCCGGCUGUUUUAACUCCCGCGGGAAACCAGCCACAACAGGGGCGCAGCCUGGGGCCUCCGACCCCGGCCACGGAGCGUCCGCCCUCCCCCCUCCCCUCCCCCCUCCCCCCUGCAGCGCCGCCCGCACCCCAGCGCCCGGCGCGGCGGGCCCAACCCGGCCCCCCACAUCCCCGCCCGCAGGGCCAAGCCCCAUCCCACGCGUUUCCGAGCCCCACGCCGGCGCCCCGGCGGCAGAGGGGGCGCCCGGCCCACGGCUCACCUGCACGCUCGAUCCCGGGGCCGCUCGGAGGGGCGCGGGGCGCUGGGCGCAGGCGAGCGCGGCCCGCAGUCUCAAACUUUGUUGCUCUCGGGACGGCGCAGUCGUCACUUCCUCGCGGAGCGGGCGGCGCGGCCCGGGCUGUGACCCAGCAGCUCGCGCGGUGGCGCGCCGGGCCCUGCAGCCGCCCGCCCGCGCCCCCGGCUCUUGCGCGCCCCGGUUGCCCCGGCGCCGACUCCCCAGCUCGGCUCGCCCACGGCUGCCAGGGCCCCGCGUCCAGUCGUCCGCCGAGCUUGCACCCCUGCGGGUCGUUUCCGCGCCGAAGAACUGCGACCGAACCUGUGUUCUCAGGCUGGGUCUGGAAGGCGGCGUUGGGGUUCAGGGACCCCGGCGAGCUGGGGUUCCAGGGGAAACACACCCACCGCACAAACAAAAGGGGGGAGGAGGAGAAGAGAAAGUUUUUCAGUUUCACGUUGAGGCUAGAAGGUGCUGUCAGAAAGCAGAAUGCUCUUGUGUUUUGCCAAAUAAUGCCUAAGCUGGGCCUUCAAACGCGGGUUUCCUCGCCCCACAUUCCCUCCAAAGGUCUGCACGCUCGUCCUUCGACAUUUCCACUCGCUGUAGGCGCGCAGGACGGCUACCAUAUCUCACACCUCAGGGGGCUAUUUCGGCGUCCAAGUAGGGGUUGCAAAAUGGUUUCUGUUCUAAUCCUCCCCCGCGAUUUCCACCUCUUCCUUUACUCUCAACUCACAGAUCUCUUUGAGGCCUGAUGCAUUCCGCGUUUCAUCACGGGCCAAAAGUGACUUAGAGGGUAGGGUGGAGUCCCGAGAAGAGGAGCAUCAGGCAAGUCAUUUUAAAUUUAUCGUUCCCCAAAAUAAGUUCGCUCGCCGUAUUAAAAACUGCAACAAAAAGCCACCUUUUGGGUUUCUGAUAAAUAGCAACAAAGUAGUUAAACAGCAAUCUUUAGGGAAGAGUUCUCUCCAAAGCUGGAGAGAAAACCGGGUUAGCCCUUGCAGUGGUUAAAAAAAAAAAAAAGCAGACAUUUGAAACUGCAGUGGAGGGCUUUCAUAACAGAAACAUUAGCUUCAUUGUAGCUUGUUGCGGAAAACAGGGAGCUUUUUAAAGGUGGUUCAAAAGCAUCGGUUGGGGCUCAACAAUUUUCCCUUUUUCCCCAAAUGCUGCUUCUACUAGCACGUUGGCCAGAUCAUAGAAUCUCCCAUACUAAUGCUUCAUCUUUUUACUAAAGCAUAGGAAACCCUAGAGUAAAGGCUUUGUCCAGAAAGAUGGAUGUGAAACUGAUGGAAAGUGACAUCUGGGAAAUGAUCCCCAGUUCUGCGUUCAUAUCUAAUGGGAAGCCACAAAUGCAGAAUCAUCCUCCCAAGACUGGGAGUAUGCAGAUGAGGCUCUCCUAGCAACGUGAAAUCCCCCACACUUCAGCCCGUGCCCUCUUUCUCUCUCGCUCUCUCUUGGAUCACUCACUGUAAGGAAGCUAGUAGCUGCCAUGUCCGAAGGCCGCCCUGUGAAGAGGAACUGAGGCCUGCCAACAACCACAUAAGUUAGCUUGGGAUACUUCCCCCUUCGUCUAUGUUAAUCGAGCCUUCAGAUGAGACCUUCAACCCCAGCCAGCAGCUGCCUCAACGAGAGCCCUUGAGGAAGAAGCAUCCAGCUAAGCUGCCUCGAUUCCUGACCCACAGAAACUGUAAAAGCAUCUAUCCUGGUCCUGAGGCCUCAGCACACGCAGGGGCGGUGGGGUCCAACCUCGGUCCUAGAAGAAGAGGUGGAAAGAAGGGCUUUGGAGCCUGACAGCCGGAAGAGGUAAGUGAUUUCAGUGCAGGUCUAAAACUAGAAAGAAAGGCUUGUGGUCCUGCUGCUGAAGAGCAAGUCGUGGACAAUCCCCGAUAAGAAUCACCUCCACACUGCUUCCAGGGCUACAAAGAACAUUCUGUCCACGUGAUGGUAUCUCUCUCUCAACAUCAUUUCCUCUCUGACUGGAGCAAAUUAUUUACUUUGAAAACACAAAACAAAGUUUUAUGAAGCGGGAGAGAUGUUACACUCCUGCAUCCCUAACUAGGGCAGGCGUCUACUUGUGGUUGCCCCCUCACCCCCGCCUCAGCCAGUCACGUACAAGCUGGCGAUCGUAGAGCCCAUUUCUGUUUUCUCUCCAGAGACACUCGGCUCUGAUUUUUCUCACGUGCAGUGGCCACAGCUGCUGUGUUGCCAUGCCGUCAUCCGGUUGCUAUGACUUGUGAGGUUGCGGAUGUGCCAGAACGUGAAUCUAUUAAUUUAACAGGAACUAGGCUCAGCACAUAUAUUCCUUGUUAGGUCAUUUGCUUUGCUACCUAAACCACAUCCAAUGUGUUCAGCAACGGGAAUAUUUCCUAGAGCCUGGCUUUGCAAAAACGCCGAGUGCCCUGGAUUUUUGAGUCUGCAGCAGUCAGUUUUACGGCAUUAAAUUACUGUGGAGGAGAACACAAAGGCAUUCUGGCCCCGGGAUGCCAACAGGUCAGCUUCGGAGAAAAAUCAAAGGAGGGGAAAUAAAGUCUCUGGUCUUCAUUCUUUGCCCACCGAGGUCCAUUCUGCGGGAGGUAUAUGAACUAACUUCCACAGGGAUCCCACCCUGAGCCCAGGUCUCUCACUGACAAGGUCCAAGCUCUCCAACCCCAGAACUAGGGGACGUGUGCCAUGAAAAGAGAAACCACUGGCCUUUUUUUCCUUCACUCCUUCGAUGAACACUUCCUGGAUGUCUGCUGGUAGCCGUGCUAGGAAUGCGGAGAUGAAAGGGACAAAGUCUCUCCCUAGUGGGAGAGAAAGACAUGUAAAUUACAGUGUGACAUGAGAAGCUUCACACAGGGCACCGUGAGAUCCCAGAGAAGGAAGCAAGUAAGUCUGCCUGGGGACAGGAAUGAUGGGCUGCCACCAGUGUUCUUCCUUUUCUGAAAAAAAAGACUACGUUAAAAAUGAUCACAUGCAUUGUACUAAGUAAUAAGUGUUGUUUGUGUAGCUUUUGGUUUGGUUGUUUGUAAUAUAUAUGUACAUAUUUGUCUGGGUCACAGUGUAAAACAUAUUCCCUAUACACAGGCAAAGAAGCGUGAAAGUUCUAGGUUUAGAGAGUAAUAAAUGCCCCUGUACACAGGGGACUUAUGACGGGCUUGGCCUCAAAGUGUUGUCCCGUUGUGUAGUUGAAGGAACUAGCCGUGACUUAAUCCUUCCAAAUUCUCCUCCCUUAGUGAAUCAAAGCCAAGCCUGAAGGACCAGCUCCCAGACCCCUUCCCCCCCCAGGACUGUUAAGCCAGCUCUAAGGCAGUGAGAGAGUACCCACCCCCUUUCCAUCGGGUCAGAUGGUAGGAAGGAGAAAGAGGAGAGAGAGGAAGGUCAGAAAGGCAUCAUGCUUUUCCUCCUCUUCAGGUCUUAGAGGAAAGCAGGAUAGGUUAUGUCAAAGUGACCCUGGUGAUCAAGCCUAGGUCAGCAGAGAGGCUCUGAGGCUCAGCAUUCCUGAGUCCCCAUUCCCACAUGGCAUGGAUGUCACAUCGUGAGCAAACAGCCUGCUGUGUGACUGCCCCGGUGGGGCAAGACUACCUGUGGCAAAGCUCGGGGGAGGAUCAUGGGUCUGCACCACUGAGAACAGAGGGAGAUGAGCAGCAAGUUGCAAAGGGGAGAAGCCAGUGCUGGGGGUGUUGCUGUAGACCACAAGGCCACCUACCAGAGCUGGUGGCAGCAGAGGCCUGGGGACAGGUGGAAACCAAGAGGACAAAGCAGCUUGGCAUGGUGGUCAGGAACAAGGGUUCUGGACCGCACAGACACUGCCUGGCUUCAAGUCCCACUUCUGCCACAUACUAGCUGCGUGACCUUGGACAAGUAAUUUAGCCUUUCUUUCUUUCUUCUUCUUCUUUUUUUUUUUUUUUUUUAACUGUUUAUUUACUUAUUUUGAGAGGUAGAGAGAGCUGAGGAGGGGCAGGGAGAGAGAGAGAGAGAUAGAAUCCCAAGCAGGUUCCACACUGUCAGAGCAGAGCCUGACACGGGGCUCAACUUCACAAACCGUGAGAUCAUGACCUGAGCCAGAAUCAAGAGUCAGAUGCUUAAUGGGCUGAGCUACCCAGGAGCCCCUACUUAGCUUUCCUAUGCCUCAGUUUCCUUAUCUGUAAAAUGAGGAUGACAUAACAACUUUACCCACUUGAUAGGUUUGUUGUAAGAAUUAAAUUAGUUUGUAAAGCUCUGAUAUAUGUGUUAAGUGUCAGUUAAAUAACUAAAUCAUUCACCAACAAAAAGGAUUCUGUAUGGAUAUCACAGGUCUCCGAGACCUCUAAACAGGACACUCCGUUAUAAAUUCCCCCAACCAUCAGCUCAUGGAGAGAAUCAAAUCAGCUAUACAACGUUCAUUUAAGAUGAAAAGGUUUGACCCCUCUAUACAGGCCAGCUGGGAAGAUAGACACUGAGCAAACCUUUUCAUUUCCUCACCACUGAUUGUCCAGAUGUAAUUCAGCAGGGGAUAAUAGUUGUCCCCAAAAUGUCCAUGUCCAAAUCCUAAGAACCCGUGAGUAUAUUAGGUUACAUGACAAAGAGGAAUUGAGGUUGAAAUAGAAUUAAGGUUACUAAUUAGCUGAUCUGAAAAUAAGGAGAUUAUCCUGGAUUGUCAGGAUGGGCCAGUGGAAUCACAAGGAUCCUUAGAAGUGGAAGAAGAGGAAGACGGAAGAGAGUCAGUCAGAGGAAGAUGUGACUAUGACUAUGGGAGAAUGGCCAGAGAUGCAACAUUGCUGGCUUUGACGAUGGAGAAAAGGGGUCAUGAGCCAAUAAAUGUGGGUGGUUCUGGAAGCUGGAAAAGGCAAGGAAACAGAUUCUCUCCUAAAGGCUCAGGAGAGGAAUGCAGCCAUACUGACACCUUCAUUUCAGCCUGUGUUGUCUGAAGCCACCAAUUUCGUGGUAAUUUGUUACAAGAGACAUAGAAAACUAAUGAGGUGGCAUUUUCCAAAUGUGUGUUUUCUGGGAAGUAACUUUGCAUCCUGUAUUAGAUGCAUGUGCUACAUUGUGUAUCAGGAGUUUCAGUUUUCAGAUUACAAUUUGAAAAGGAAGGCUGGCUGGCUGGGGCUAGGCAAAGUCCCAUGAUAAGUAACAGGCCACUAGAUACUCAAAGACAGUACCUUCAAAGUUCAAUCUGUAUGCAGUCCUCUUGCUUAGUGAUGAACUCCAAUUCACAAACCAUUCCUCAGAACUUCUUCUCAAGACUUAAUAACUGUUGAUGCUAACAGGCCACAAUGUGGAGGCCAAACAGAAAAAUGGUUAACAAAAGUAAACGGAGGUGAUUGUGAAAAGCUGCUGUGGAAAUUCUGUGCGUUUGAUGACCACAGUUCCCCAGCAAGGCUAUACCACCACCCAGAGUUUGUAAAUGAAUCUUUCUUUUCACAAGGAAGAGAAAAACACCAACCCAAGAGUCAAGGCAAUGUGCACAGCAUUCCUGGGAUCCAGGUUGGCCAGCAAGGUCAGAGUUCAAUCACCCCGCACAGGUUUCUUUUUCCUGUUUGAGACAGGUGACUAUUUAUUGGCGUGCACAGCUCAAAGGUUGAGCUCACUGCAUAGUGGGGAGGAAGUCCUUACACAAUCGUCUGCCAGUAAUAUAUAUUGGCCCUUGGGACAUCAGUCCUAGCACUAACAUGGGUGGUGUCAUUUGAGUUCUCAGGCCAAGAAGUUGCUAGACAUUUAUGACAUUGCUUUGGGACUCAUGACUUCUUAUGAGAAGAAGGAAGUCCUCCUCUCCUGGGUGAAGUAAUAUCUAGGGAUAACAACAAGACACCAUAUACUGUGGCAGUAUAUCAAGUCCAUAGGGAGCUACGGCUCUGUGAGGAUCUUCACAAACUAAAAUUCUUCACAGCAGCUCCAAGGAAUUGUGUAAAGUUGUAGUUCGUGGAUUGCUUGAACAGUGCAGAAAACCCCAU